UCUGGAAAAGGCAUAAGCGUCAGAGGGACCGUAUGGGGGGAUUACGUUUGUUCGACAUCAGAGAAUUCGACACAGUACGAGCCGAAGCGAAAGGGGAACAGGAUUGAAAAGUAACGCAUUUAUUUUGUAAGAGUCUAUGUCGUAAAGACCCAGAGAAUCUUAUCAGGACCUGUAUAGUGCAAGAGAUCGUGAACCGAGUAGAAACGGGUUCGAAGUGCGGUAAUGUCAAAUGAAAAAUUUUGUUCAACUGUCAUCCAACAAGAGGAAUUUCACGUGAACAUUGCUCUAGCGCAGGGCACUGUAAGAAAUCUAACGGCACUGAAGAAGGAAAGCAUAUGCGCCUGCGUGAGUCAGUCGCAGCCCCAGCUCACAGCUGUGCAUGCGGCAUCGGUGGGCCCUCUUCUCUCUGCACCCCGCGCAACAAGCGAGCAGCUCCUCACGUCAUCCGGACAGACUACAGAGGCGAGCAAUAAUUCUAACGAACCAAUAUGGCGGACGUUGAGACCCCGUCCGCUCCGGUCCUUGUCAGGGGUGAAAAGAUCCUCGUGACUGUUGACUCUGCUCUACCGGAUAUCAUCGUCGUCUCGUUCGAUCAUGGAACUAAAUCCUUCCAAGGAGCCCUGCUCGAUGUCACCAAGAGGGGACUUCCUUGCGGCGUUCAACCUCCUGAACCUGUACCGGAUCCAGACGGUGACAAACUGGCCACGAUAGCUGCUCGAUUCAGUUACUUUCAAGAGAAGAGAGGACCUCCUAUUGCGGCGAAGAUAGAUCUUCGACGUAACAUUAAUCCACCGGCGAGAUACAAGAAUGCCAGACCUACCGUGAGACUGAGACCGAGGCAGGUUCUUUGUAGCAAAUGUAGAUCGAUCUGCAAUGAGAACAGUGAGAACGUUGACGUCAGUCGAAAGAGGAAACACGAGGCUCAAGCGCAUCCUCAGCCAACAAGAAGAAGCGAUCGUCGCUGUGCUCAGCAACAGCCACAGUCCCAAAAGAAUCAAAGGAGUUUGUUUUCUCAAAGUCAGUCAGACAAUACCUCGCAACAGUCGGCGAAGAUUCCUCUAAGUCCAGUUGCUGAUUCCUCGAAGAUGACGCCAAGCCUUAUUCCUAAACUCUCUAGGCUUCAGCCCAACGAGAUAAGCAGCGCUAUGCAGUCAGUAGGUAAAGUUAAAAUGGCCUCCGGAGUACAAUCUGCUUAUUGGACGAGGAGUGAAGAGGAUUCGUCCAGGAAUGCCGAGGAACCCAUGGAGAGUCGUGCAGAACCAACGGAAUUGGACAGUAAUCCGUCAACGGCUUACUGUGCGACACCUCGUCGUCUUAGCAGUUCUUCAGUGGAGAGUGCUAAGGUUCCUGAUGAAGAUGACAAAAAGACUCUGGCAGCGGCGGACUCCACCAUGAGGUUAAGAACUGGUCGUAUACCGAGGAAAAAGAGAUCAGUCGGUUCUAUGGAGGAUCUGUGGGACGAGUCUGUUUUCGAAGAUCCUACGAGAACGGCCAGGACCACUCCUGUUAUAAAGAUAUCGUUCGGGGCCCAGGGCGAAGGUACUGUUCUGAAGAUACCUUCCAAGCUUCAAAAUCCGUAUGACCAAGAAGGUGAUACGGAUACCGAGGACACGCAGGCGGAAAUGGAGACAGAUCCUUUGGAACUUCCUAAAAGUUUAGAGAAUGAUUAUGAGUAUCAGGAAGAUGGAGAGAAUGGCCAGGAACAGGUGGAUCCACAGAAACAGGGCGUGAAGGAUGCAAGUGCAAAAGCUGCUAAACGUGCCUUGAAGAAGGCAAAAAAAGAAGCAAGAAGGAAAAUGUUGGGAGGCGUGUCACCUGCAAGAUCACCCUGUAACGGCUCACCCAGGUACAAUCCAACUUUCGACCCUUUGUCCUAUCAUCGUCGUAAACACAAAGUCAAGCACAAGAAGAAGCACAAGGAGGAACGCAAGCACAAGAAUCAGCAGCAACCACAGGAACCAGGCGAAGAAGCAACGGCAACGGAUGCGCCACAGCAGCAACAAAACUGGGACGUGUUACCAGGUGGAGACUCUUCGUACACGGCCAUCAAAGAACAGUGCCUCAAACAGAAAUUAUCCAUAUCCCUCAAAAGGCUAAAUACUAAUGCAUAUGCACGAUGCGACUAUCCCGUGAGCAAUGCUUCUUCCGGAUGUAAAAGUCCUGGUGCAAGUAGCGACGAACUAAGCGAACAAGAACCAGAAGUAGAUGCCGGUGAGACCGCUCCAGACUUUCCACCUCCUGCACACCCACUAGUAAUGCGCUUGGCAGCAACCCCUGUCGCGCACUGCCUCACCGCCAGUGGUAGAAGAAUGGACGUUGGAGAUGUCGUAUGGGGUAAAAUUCACGGUUUCCCCUGGUGGCCUGGAAAGGUGCUGAGUAUUACUGUAUCCUGUAAAGAAGAUGGAUCGUCAUCAGGACCACAAGCGCAUGUAGCGUGGUAUGGUUCCUCGACGAGUUCUCUCAUGUCAUGUGAUCAGCUCAGUCCAUUCCUCGAAACAUUCAAAACACGAUAUAACAAGAAAAAGAGGGGUCCGUACAAAGAGGCCAUUCGGCAGGCUCAAAGUGAAGCACGGAGUCAAAUCACACCGAGUACGACGGAGAGUGUUUUAAAUGUAUGUGGAUCGCCGCGAGAGGUUAACGUUCUUUCGUAAGAGUGCUCUCCGAAGCCUUUCCUUUACUGCCGGCCACUCGUUAAUCAGAAGAACGGCGGGUCGGAAUUGUAAUGUAAAAUACAUUUUGUACAUAAUAACUAGCACUAAUGGUAUUAAUUAUUGGUCGAUGUUCUGUGCAAGCCGCGUUAUCGUCAAAAAAAGUACGGUUUAAUAAUACACGUACUGUAAGAGAUUCGCGUUUGCUUUGUCGCACAUGGAAAUAACACAAAUAAGCGUCAAGGCAGAGUAAUGUAAGGAAGAAGUGACGGGCUACAAACAGUUAUUGAAAUAUCUUUAGGAUUCAAAUUUUCAGAAGAGAUAGAAACGUCCGAUAGCUCAUCUUUAUUUGAAUCCUGUUCAUUGAAGUCAACAUUGUUGUUGACGCUUACGUGAUAAGAAAUCGACAUGUUUAACGGCUGUUCCUCUAUGUUUAUAUUUUAUUACGGCCGGACCAAAGUUCUUUGUUUCUUAUGUUCACUUUCCAUAAGUAAUAACUUAUACAUAUUAGCCUGAAUUUUUUCAAUUGCAUUGUUACACUUUGAUUUUGUGCUAUUCUGUUAAAUUAGCUUUUUAUUAUAUUUGUUCUGUUUUCUAUUAUCGUCGUAUCGAUCACGGUCGUUGUAAUAGUUUUUCUUGAGAUGUACCGAUCUCGUGUUUUUACGCUUCGUGCCAAGUCACUGCCGUAUAAAAAUAGAGUCAUGCGAUCAUAAUGAUUCAUCGUUAAUUAGUAAUUAAAUGAAUCACAGUUCACCUUCAUGAUCGAUCGAUAUUGGCUCCGUGGAUUUGACUUCCUUGACGAGGUGCACUCGCGCUCCUCGUCACGUUUUCAUCCCGAUUACGAGAUUCUCACCACUGGUUUCAGAACGUGCCGCGUUUUAUCGCAAUUGCACAAUUCAAGACUAAUGCAGUUUCAUGAAGAGAUUCCUCGAGAUUUUUUUACUUUUCUUGGUAAAAGUCUCGCUGCGACUUCUUAACGUGCCGUUACUUUAUCGCUGCUUAUUAUCGAUCUCCAAGCCAAGCCUUAAUCCGGCCUGUAAUCGUACUACCUUCUUAUCAAUAAGUAGUCAGUUCUAUCACGGAUUCACUCGGGUAGUCGUCCCGGUAUGCAAUCCUUUGUGGACAAAUAAAAUAUGUGUGUAUAUAUAUGAAGUAAAAUGUUCAAAAUUCUAUCAAGAAAUUAUGUUCGCGUGUGUAAAAAAUAUCAGUGUUAUUCUGAGAAUACAAGGUAACGGCAUGUCAAAAAGUUGUAUAUGGUACAGUUAAGCAAGUUAGAAAAUGAAAAAAAAGAAGAAAUCUAAUAAUUCUUAUAUAGUAUAUAUAUAUAACAUUGUAAGAGUAUAAGACGCAUAGAUUUUCUCGUGUAACGAGAACAUUUAGCGCAGUCGACCCGGCCGUUUCGUAAUGAAUGGCGAAACAGACAAAUCUACAUAAAUAAAUUAAGAGCUGCAAGGUAUCUCUCGACAGUCAAGCCAGUCUGUGAGAGAAGCCUCAAGUGCAUAUGUACCUACGUACAUACGAUACGCUUAAAAAAAUUGCGAGAAAACGUGAGACGUCUAAGUUCUGUGUAUGCGUGUGAAUUGAGGACAGUGUUUCGUUCGUCAUGUAUGAAAGCGAUAUAGGGAAUAAUGAUGUACUAGUUAUGAUUGCGUCAUUGUAUGAUUUAUUUCUCAUAAAAAAUGUGAAGAAAAAGUAUAUAGAGUGGUAAACGUGCACGUAGCAUUCCCAGCAUAUAUCUAUGUAUUAAAUGACUUGCGACAUUGGUCGACAGGGACGAGUCAGUCAUCACAAAAAUGAUCAGAAUUUUUCAUGAAAACAGGUUUAAGGAUGAAAGUUCCGAACGUUUUAGAUUCGAAUUUGAAUAUUGCGAUUGUUCGAUUUAUCAAGAGCCAUUGAAUUUCGAAUUUUCUUCUUUUUCUUUUUAUUACAGAAAAUUCAAACACUGGCUCUCGUGCUUUUAGCGAAUUUCGUUGUCAGAGUAAUGAUCGAGACGUUUGGUUAAACCGUAAAUGUUUUAAUUUUUCAAAUGAUAUUUCGGAUGCAACUUUCUUAUGCGAGCGUUAUUAUUAUUAUGAUUAUUGCUAUUUUAUUAUUAUUAAUAUUAUUAUUAUCAAUACGGUGUACUCGUCGUUGAUGAAACUUUUUAAGUAACUGUGAUUUUUCUCAAAUGUUAUAUAUAUACAUAUAUGUAUGUUAUGUAUAUGUAUAUACGCAAUAUAUAUACAUACAUAUACUAUACAUAUAUUAAUGAUUUCUACGCAUAAUAUAAAACAUGUUUAAAUGUCGCUGUGUUUAUACGAAUUGUAGCUUUUCUAGAAUAGCAUAUCUAUAGGUUUAAAUAACGUGCGAAUCCUCGCCAGUUCGUUAAGGAUUUUUAAUUGUUGUUUAGGAUAUAAUGGAUUGUGUAUGAAUGACGUAUCGACGCAUAUGACUAUGCAGGGCAGGUUAUCCUGUUCUAAUGUGAGGUUUCUUUUCUUUUCCAUUAUAUUCGAUAGAAUUUCAUGGGCUGUUCCUAAAUACCGUCGACUUGGAACGUUGCGUUAGCUGUGGAUCGACGAAAUUUCCGCCCGUGAAGUGUCAGAUGAGAAUUCGCCCAACAAAAAAAGUCAGUCAUACUUUAAUCUCUCGUUUCAACUUUGAACGAAGAAAAAAUAAAGGUGCGUUCUCACGACAAAGUGUUCAUGUUUUAAAAAUUACACGGUGUGUGAGUGUGUGUACUAACGUACGCGCACCCGAGUUGUACCUCGAUAUGAGGAAGAGGAAAGAAAAAGAAAACUGAAAAACAGAUACAAAUUUAUGACCGUCUUGUAAUGAAUGUUGUAAGAUCGUGUAGCAAGGAUUUAUUCAAGUCCAUAUGCUAGUAUAUAUACGUGUGUAACGUGUAUUUUUUAUACUUUGCUGUUAAUUCUCCUGGUACUUGUUUAUGGUGGACGCAUUCGUACCUUGGAAUCGUACAUUAUCGAAUUCCUGACUGUAUAUAGGUUUAUCAAAUUCGUUUUUAUUUUUUUGACUGGUUGGGAAAAGUCGUUUAAAAGUCUUGAUCAAAGACGGUACGAAUUGGAUAGGUACGAGCAUCAUCGAACAGUACACUGUCUUCCAUUUAGAAUGAUUUUUUUAAAAAUCCACCUGAAAAUUAUAAUUGCCUAUGGUACAUUGCACGCACUGUACAUUUCACUUCGUGCGUGUAUAGUUGACAAAGAUGAUGGUUGAUUUACACAUCGAUACACUGGGUACGAUAAAGUUCUUAUUUAGUACGUAUAAAUAGAGUACGGCGAGAAUCGUGCCGAGAUGUAGCAGGAAAAAGAGUGCGAUGGAGUAAGGGGAAAAAAA